AUGGACACCAGUGCAAUGGGAGUCCCUUUUUUGGAAAGGGCACGGCGGGAAUGCCCUUAUGUUUUCGAGCCUGGGUACCAGAUGGAUGAUGCUUCUGGGUUGAUGCGAAGGGAGAGGUUCAUCCACUUUCUGCAGUAUGGGCACUCGUUAUUGUCCGCUGCUGUGCACAAUGAGGGCAUCUCCACGGCGGACAUAAUCGGCAUCGAGGAUUCGGAGUCUAUGGAAACCGAGCAAGGGCAAAACCUCUGUCUGCAGAUGUGCUCCAGAAUAUAUCCUGGAGGUUUGCUGUAUAUUAUGUGCCCCGGAUCCAAUGCCUUUGGUCCGUUGGGGAUUGAGACAAUUGAGGUCUUUGUGGGCAACUUGUUGCGGUUCGCGGAAAUGAUCGCUGUGCGGUGUGUGAUUCAUUUGCCGGUCGACGGCGCCAACAUCUUUGAGCGGCACCCGGCUUUGCAGGAGGCUGCUCAGCGCCUGGGCUUUGUGAAGUGCCUCUUCCCGAUGUCCUCGUUCGGUUGCAAAACUCAGUCCCCGACGACUUUGUGGGGCACCGAUAAGUUCCUCAUCAAAGGUGUGAAGCACGUUUCUGCCAGGCUCAUGACCAUGCUGCUUGAUUGGAAUCUGUGUAUGCGUCCUUGCACUGACGGUGUCCGGUUCUCAUGCUUGGUGAUGUGCCAGCUGGUCUCAGGUUCCCCGCUUUGUGCAAUCGGCGAACGAAGGGUAUGCCAUCGACUAUGGACCACUUCGGCUAUCACACGGGCACGUUCACCUAUUGUGCCACUUGCCUGCAAUCUACAGUUGUCUGUGGCUUGGCUGGUCGGUGUGUGGUUUGGCGAUUGA